AUGCCAUCCAAAGUGGUGAAGAAGAUGAUAUCAAGAGAUGGCAUAUUUUAUUUUCUCACUGAUGAUGGAGAGUUAUGCAAAUUUAAUAAUGAUUUCAGCAAUUAUGAAGAGAUUCAUUUCACUCCAGAUGUCAAGUUAAAGGAUUUUGAGUUUUAUGAAGGAAAAUUCUUUCUUGUCACUACUGAGAAGAAAAUUUAUGCUCAAGAAGAGAAUGGGCAUCUGCAAGAGGUUGUUGUGAAGUCAUCUCUUCAAUGUCCCCAUGGUCAUACAGAAGAAGCAGCACUUGGAUUUCUGCAAGUGGCAGCAUGUGACACUCACAUAUUUUUUGUCAGUGAAGCAGGUCAACUGUGGGGGAUGGGGAACAGUUUACCACUGGGACUCUCAGUUAGUGAAGGUGAUUCCAAGUUGACUGAACUAGUGCAGCUGGAUUUCCUUAGUACUAGGAAAGUUCUACAGGUGGUAGUUGGCCAUGGAUUCACAAUUGCUAUGACACAGUAUCAGGAAUGUUCUGGCACAGAACCUUCUCCUCUAAACUUGUGUGAAGAAUGCAAAAAUUGCACAGGCAAUUCAGAUCCUGACAGCUUAAAUACUUUGGAUGGAUCACGGUGUCCUUUGGGCUUAGAAGUCAGCUCAGGUGUGUCUGGUGGAGACUGUGAUAAUGAAUCAGGAAUUUUCAAUAUCUCAAGCAUUAGUACCAUUUCUGAAGAUGACCUUGAUGCAAGUGACAAGUUGGCUUGGAUAGCAAAUGGCUUUUGCAGUUCAGGGAUAGAUCUCUCUAAAGAGACUGAUGAACAUCAGAAUGAGGGAAACCUGAGUGAUUCCAUGCCCUGUCAGAGUGACAUUAGCUCUGCAUAUUCUGCAUUGGAUUUGGAACUAAAUGGAGAAAUGAAAGAAAAUAAUGAGAAUGCAACUGAAGAUCUCAGAUAUGAUCUGAAGAAGGGCCAUGAACCAGAGGAUUUUAAGACUUGGUGCAGGCGCAAGACAAGCAUGAGGCAGUUGGGAUAUUCCCAUCGCAAGAGUCUGAGUGCUGGGUCUUUGGGGAUGAUGAGGAUACCAAGUCAUCCACCAAGCCAAGUGUUGUUUGAGGGAAAACUGAAGGUGGGAAUGAAUAACUUUGAUCAAACUCAUGAAGUGUGGUCCUGGGGAAAGGGAGAGGAAGGUCAGCUUGGACAGGGAGAUUAUCUUGCUCGACCCCAGCCAUGCCAGAUCACCAUGCUUUCAAAGUGUGGGAUUGUAAAAGUUGUCUGUGGGAAGAACCAUGCUGUGGCUCUGUCUCUGGAUGGGAAGGUGUAUGCUUGGGGAGAUAAUUCUCUUGGACAGCUUGGGAAGACUCAGCUAAGGAAGGUGGUAUCACCUGUUGCCUUACCACUUCCUGGUUCUAGUGUUGCGUUAGAUAUUGCUGCUGGCAGCUACCAAACUGUUGUACUACUUGAUGAAGGGAAGCAUCUUCUAUUUGGGAACAAAAGUCUGACUGGUGAUGAAUUGGAGGAGUCAUGGAAGGAGCUUCUUCCUCAUGCUGACCCUGAGUGUUGGCAUCUUGCACUGCUUGCUGUUGAUGAUGUUACCCUCUCGUGCUGGGUGUCUCAACCAGAGCCAUGUCGAACUCCUCUGCAGAGUCUGUACAUUGACCUACUGAGAGAAUUCCGAACCAUGGUUUCGGUCAGGAGUCUCAUUGUAAAUCCUAUGCUUGGCCAUGAAGAGCUCAUGGGGCGUCAACCAAAUCAUGAAAGCUGUACAAAGUUGCUGAAGAUGUACAAGGAGCUUAUGCAUCUAGUUUCCACUAGUGUGACCUGCCUGCGUGUGGCUCUGUUUUCCAAAGAUCCGGAUCUGAGAUAUUUGGAUUUUGUCUGUGAUCAUGCUUCUUAUAUUCGAAAGUACAAGCAUUAUGUGAAGCUUCUAUUGGAUUUAGAGGUGUGUGGAGGCAUCAUUGUUGAUUGUAUGGAUCUCUCAAGCAGUCAUUUGUUGAGCAAUGCCCUGAAGUACCUCGAAAGAUAUAUCCCCCAGCUGGAUGAAGUGGAGCCACAGGAAGCUUUCCAGUCACUUCUUUAUGCUCCUUUAAAUCAUUUCAGUCUUUACUGUGAUGCUGCUAUGAAACUCAGGGGCUUCCUCCCACCUUCCAUGGACAGAACUUUGGAUUUGGCUUCCUCUCGAUGGGAUAAAGCCAAUCGCGAUGCUUUGACCAAGAAGACACAGACUCAACAAACUGUGGAAUUCUGGAAGGGAUGCUCAGACAGUAUUUGCUCAGAACUGAAGACAGCAGAGAGGAGGCUGAUCUUGGACUCUAGAAGCUGUCCAUUGUUUUUGAGCAAUGGGGGGAAGUUCUCCAGUCAUUGGUUUCUUCUCAUGAAUGAUGCUUUCAUUCACAUCAAUGGUUCUGUGAAGCAUACUCAUCCUCUUGCACUCAUAUGGGUUGAAAGCACACCCAGCAAGAAGUCAUUGAAGCUCCUCAUGCCUGAAACUUCCUUGCACUUGUAUUGUCCUAAUGCUCAAUUGAUGGGGAAAUGGCUGCAAGGCCUUCAAUCAGCCAUACAGGCAGUCACCAAGAAGCAUGAUGACACAAGUGAUGAUUCUUCUAUCAGAAUGACUGCUCCUCUUGUCAGAAAUGCUUCCUACUCCUUCACCAAAGCUCCAUUUGCUGCUGCAACCUAUUCAGGGACUUGGAUAUACGGGAAAAUGAAUGGUUAUGGAGAGCUGCGUUGGAAAGAUGGCAGACUUUUAAGAGGGUUUUUUCGGGAUGGUAUCUUGGAUGGCCCAGGAGCAGAGGAAUUCCCUUCACCUGAUGGGAUCAUUACAUAUGAAGGGGAGUGGAAGAAAGGCAAAAUGAAUGGAUGGGGCAAAAUCAAGUACCCAAAUGCUGAUUUAUUUGAAGGCAACUUCAAAGAUGGUCUUCAAGAUGGAUAUGGAACUAUGAAACAGGGGCAAUUCCUCUCUUAUGCAGCAUCAAUGUAUUUUGGAGGAUGGCAGCAUGGUUUGAAACAUGGAUAUGGUGUCAUGGAUGAUAUCCAAACUGGUGAGAAGUAUCUAGGAUGCUGGGAGAAGGGUAUUCAACAAGGUCCAGGUAUACUUGUUACAUUGGAUAAUGUCUAUUAUGAAGGGCUGUUCCGAAAUGGGAAGAUGAAUGGUAAAGGCCUGAUGAUAUUUGAAGACAAGACAUCAUAUGAGGGGGAAUUUACUGCCACUGGUGUAUUGGGUGGUUCAGGAACAUUGAAUCAGUCCAAUGGAGACUCUCUUGUUGGUACUUUCUCUGGAUCAUGGAACCAGGGGAUAAAAAUCUCAUCUGCCAUCUAUUACAAGAACAUGAGCUCUCUGACAGAGAAGAACUCAAGGGAUACGAGUCUGCCUCGGGCAUUUGGGAUGAGGUCUAUCCCAGCAGAGGAGAAAUGGGAACCCAUUUUUGCACAUUGUUGUAAAACCCUGGGGAUCAUGGAACGAUCUCUAGAAGAAGACUGUGCAAGGGCAUGGGAGAAUUUGGCUAUUGUUCUUUCCCGGUCAAAGAGGAAAGUCAUUCCAUUAAAAGACCAAUCUAAUGCUUCUAAGUCAAUGUUUGAUAACCUGGAAAAGAUUCCCAUCCAGGAAAGUGACCCACAUAUGGACUGGGAAAAGUACAUUGCCAUCAAAUCAUACCUUGCCAAAGCAUUUGAAAUUGAAGAGCAUCCCCUGGGGCAUAUGAUGGGAAAUUUAGUGGAAGUGUUCAGAGGUAGUUAUAUGGGGGUUGGGGCCAAUCCAAUCCUCUUGACUCAUGCUGUGGAAGAAGUCAAAGCUAUGAUACUGAGGGUAUACUCCAUCAUCCGUGUCCUCUAUCCCUACCUUCCUUUUCCAGAUGCUCCGCUUCAUCUCUCUGAUGGCAUCCAAGGAACUGUAACUCCUGUCAGCCUCCUUCAAGAAUUUUUCUUGCAUCGAAUCUAUGAGCCACUCUUCACCCUGUAUGCCAUGCUACAUGAGAAUGAUGAUGAUAUCUACUGGGAACGACUAGUCAAGUGGAACAAGCAGACAGAUGAAGCUCUUCUCAACUUCCUUCGUGUUGACCACAAGUUCUUCCGCCGGCGUGAAGGAUCAGAGAUAUAUGCUAGUGCUGGUCGUAAUGAGCACUUCACCUCUGCCAUAGACACCCUCCAGCAGCUUGGAUCUGCCUUUUUCCCACAAGCCAAGUUGCAGUUGCUUCAGAGCACUUUUCAAGCAAUCAAUGAGGAGGUAACUGAGAGGCUGGAUGAGGAUCACUUAUGGAGUAUGGAUGCCCUAUUUCCAGUCUUUCAGUAUGUUGUAGUAAGAGCUCGGAUUCGGCGUUUGGGUUCUGAGAUCCACCUCAUGGAAGAUCUGAUGGAACCCCAUAUGCAGCAUGGUGAACUUGGUAUCAUGUUCACUACUCUUCAGGCAUGCUACUUCCAGAUUCGCAAUGAAGAGCUCAACAUGUGAUCCAAUUUUGCAAGAUAGAAGAAAUUGUGAAUUUGACUGUGAUUUUCUUGUGUAUAUGAUGUGAUACAGAUGAGUGAAAAUUGAGGA